AUGGAGCCAUCUUCUUCCUCCUCUUCUCCUUCCACUUCCCCUCUCAGGAGAACACCUUUCUCUACAUACCUCUUCGCCUUACUAUCUUUCGUCGUCUUCCUCACAGUCCUCUACAGUGAAGACUUGAGUUGUCUAUUUGGCCACCUUGGCUUCGACAUUAACGCUUCAGAUCGAUCCAUUGCAAACACAGAGAAUGAAGGAGAAAAGUUGCCAUUUGCAAUCGGAGAGACCAUAAAAGGGUGCAACUUGUUCAGUGGGAAGUGGGUUAGGGACAACUCGACUCGGCCGGUUUACCAGGAAUCCGACUGUCCGUUCCUACCACCACAGGUGACAUGUCGAGGACACGGAAGACCUGAUAAGGAAUACCAGUACUGGAGAUGGCAGCCUCAUGGUUGUUCUGUCCCAAGCUUCAAUGCCACAUUGAUGAUGGAAACACUUCGAGGGAAGAGAAUGAUGUUCGUCGGCGAUUCACUAAACCGUGGCCAGUUUCUCUCCAUGGUCUGUCUUCUCCAGUCGAUCAUCCCAGAACAUGCUAAAUCCAUGCAUAAAAAUGGUUCUCUAACUGUUUUCUCAGCCAAGGAUUACAAUGCAACGAUUGAAUACUACUGGGCACCGUUUCUUCUUGAAUCAAACGCCGACGAUGCUGAUGUUCACAGGAUGUCUGAUAGAACUGUUAGAAAAGGGUCGAUCAAUAAGCAUGGGAGGAAUUGGAAAGGAGUUGAUAUUAUGGUGUUCGAUACCUAUGUGUGGUGGCUGACAGGAUUAAAGUUUAAGAUUUUGAAAGGUUCAUUCGAGGAUAAAGUGAAAGACAUUGAAGUGCUAUCAACAGAGGAUGCUUAUCGUAUGGCAAUGAACGAUAUGUUGGGAUGGGUAGACAAGAACAUGGACCUUAAGAAGACUAGAGUCUUCUUCACCAGUAUGUCACCUUCUCAUAAUAUAAGCACAGAUUGGGGAGGCAGUCCAAACGGAAACUGCUACAAUGAAACAACAAUGAUAGAAAACCCCACAUACUGGGGAUCAGACACUCGGAAAAGCAUAAUGCAGGUGAUCGGAGAAGUGUUUGGAAGCUCGAGAGUCCCCAUAACAUUUCUCAACAUCACAAAGCUAUCGAGUUACCGUAAAGACGCACACACUUCAAUAUACAAGAAGCAGCUUCUCCCAUUGACCCCUGAGAAGAGAGCAAACCCUGCUGGAUAUGCUGAUUGCUGGCAUUGGUGUCUCCCUGGGGUUCAAGAUACUUGGAACGAGUUGUUAUUCACCAAGCUUUUCUAUCCUUGA